AUGUCGAACAGAUAUGAGGUAUUUUCCCCCAGUGAGCAUGAGGAAAAGGGCUUUGAGGAAGAUGAGCCAGCUGACCACUGCAUCGGGGCAUCGUCAGUGCCAGCUGUACAUCACAAUGAAUUGACGGUGAAAUUGCUUGUGAUGAAUGAGAGUCUCAGUCACUGAACAGACAUGCUUGCUUCUGAAAGAGACAGUUUUUACCGAACAGCCGAAAUGGCCACCAUUGUGAUUGUGACAGGAUCUUUAAGUUUGGUGACCAUUAUUGGAAACUUUCUGGUCCUGCUCUCUGUGAAAGUAAACAGACAUUUACGAACUAUUAACAACUAUUUUAUUUGCAGCUUAGCUGGCGCUGAUUUGAUUCUUGGGGUAUUUUCAAUGAAUCUAUAUACCAUAUACACUGUGUCUGGGUAUUGGUCUUUGAGUCCAUUGAUGUGCGAGUUCUGGCUUGCUGUAGAUCACAUUGCUACGACUGCGUCUGGAAUGAACCUCCUUCUCAUCAGCUUCGACCGUUAUUUCUGCGUAACAAGACCUCUCAGUUACCCCUUGAAAAGAACAAAUAAAAUGGCAGUGAUGAUGAUUGCAGCAGCGUGGGGGCUGUCUGUUGUCGUAUGGUGUCCUGUCAUUCUCGCCUGGCAGUUCAUCGCAAGCGGCUGGGCAGUUAACGAGGGCGAGUGUUAUGCACAAUUCUUCUCAAAUCCAGUCGUUGCAUUUGUCAUUUCAAUAGCCGUCUUCUUUCUCCCCGUUGCCAUCAUGGUGGGUUUAUAUGUGCGCAUAUCUCAAGACAGCAAGAGUCGAAUGAAGGAGGAUAAAACAAUACAUGAAACAAGCAAAGGCACUACUACUCCCAGUCGAGCGAGAGGCAAAGUCGUGGACCCGAAAUGUAACAAAACCUUAAACACUUCUAAUGGGUUGGUGCACAUCGAAAAGCAAAACGGUAAAAUACCUGGUGAAAUAGCAAUCAUGAAUAAACUUUCAGAUAAUUUAACUUCCCCCAGCCUGAUCCCCACAAACCAAAUUAGGAAGGAGUUAAUGAAAGAGAGAACUGUGCUCCCUGUUGUACAAUGCACGACAGGCAAAGAUGAACUCUCUGGCUUCAAGGUAAUGAAAUUGCCUCAAAAAUAUGACAACCACGAUCACGUGUCAGGCUUAAAGCAAGACAAUAGCGGCAAGAAUGGGGGUGACAAACAUAUCACAGCUGUUCAUGGGAUCACUGAAAUGAUCAAGACCACUGUUAAGAAGAAGAGUAUAACUGUAACGCGAGAAAAGACGGUGACUAGGACUAUCCUGGCUAUACUGCUGGCAUUUAUCAUCACUUGGAUCCCAUACAGUUUCAUGAUGCUCACUUACACGUUCUGUCCAAUCUGUGUCCCCAGCACAGCCUGGACAAUUGGGUAUUGGAUCUGUUACAUCAACAGCACCAUCAAUCCGGCCUGCUACGCCCUGUGUAAUCAAACCUUCAAGAAAACUUUCAAGAAUCUUCUUGUAUGUCAGUGCAAGAAUGUUGGAGCAUCGAGAUAA